GGUAUUGUUGUUGUUUGUUUACAAAUUGGCUUCCCAGCUGAUAACAAAACACAGCUUCCAUCGGCCGUGCGGUAAAAGACAAAUCUAGAAAGUGCAUGUGAUAUUGCCGUCACGCACGGCGGUUCAAUGAUACGCAAAGUGAUGGCGGAGGUAGACGUAAAACUGGGCAUCCGGCAGACGCUGCAGAAAAUCGAGGAAACGUACAACAAACGAUUGGCGCUCAGCAAUGCUCCCAAACCGCUGCUGAUCGCGGUCAGUAAGACCAAACCGGUCGAUCUGAUCCUGGACGCAUAUUCAGUGGGUCAGCGAGAUUUCGGCGAAAACUAUGUCCAGGAGCUGGUGGAGAAGGCAAACGACGCCAGAAUCCUGGAACACUGUCAGGACAUCCGGUGGCACUUUAUCGGCCACUUGCAGAGCAACAAGAUCAACAAGGUGAUAAAUCUUCCAAAUUUACACAUGAUCCAAACCGUACACAGCAUCAAGCUGGCCGAAGGGCUGAACAAGGCGUGGGAAAAGGUGAAGGCAGAAAAUGCCGAAAAGAAGCAGCAGCUCAACGUACUGGUUCAAAUAAACACCAGCGGCGAAGAUGAGAAAAAUGGAGUCCAACCAGAGGACGCAGUCGGCCUGUUCCGGUACGUGCUGGACAAAUGUCCCAAUCUGAACUGCGAGGGUGUCAUGACGAUUGGUCGAUUCGGACACGACUACACCACCGGACCGAAUCCGGACUUUGGCACGCUGAUGAAGUGCCAGCAAGAUAUCUGCAGUACGUUCGAGCGUGACCCAGCCGAGCUGCAGGUGUCGAUGGGCAUGUCGGAUGAUUUCGUGCAAGCGAUCGAGGCGGGCAGCACCAUUGUGCGCGUGGGCAGUUCUAUUUUCGGGGCCAGGGCGAAGAAACCAACUGAUGCGUGAACGGCGAGCGAUGCGUUGGUGUCGGUGGGUGAUGAUGAUGCGGAGCCUGGGCCUGGUUAAUGUUGAUUGCAAAGUGAAUUUCACUCGCAGCCACAUCAGAACACGCCACCAUUCACAGCGCUGCGUUGCGGGUGUGUGAGUGUGUAUAUGUGUUUGUUAGAUCAACAGAUUUGCUUAUUUUGUUCGCCGUACCAAAUACCAUACCGGCCACUGGGUGCGAGUAUGUAAAAGAACCUGGUUAGUUGGUAGAAUAAAGCAAACAAAACAACGACCCGCACGACAUGCUAUAACCGCUGCACGGAUGCGACAACGAACCGGCUGUUAAGUAAUAUUUGCCCUGUGCAUUAUAAAAUCUGUUGAAUGACUUGUA